CUUUCAGUCACGACUCUUUUCUCUCUCCUCUUUUCAACACAACACAAUUCUGCUUCGCCGAGACUCUCUCCUUUUUUGAUUUGGGAUCGAUCUAUAGAUCAUUUUGUUCUUUAUCUUGCAAGGAAAACAAAUCUGCAAUGUCAUUGGCCGAUUCUGAAUCUUCUUCUCAUGGCGGAGAGCACAAAUUCUUUCGUCAAGCUAGCCGCGAAUGUUUAUUGAAUGAAAUGCUGGGAUCAAUAAGAACCGGGGAUUCGAGAUCGACCUGGAAGGUACUUAUCAUGGAUAAGGUUACAGUGAAAGUCAUGUCUCAUUCCUGUAAAAUGUCGGAUAUCACAGACCAAGGAAUUUCAUCGGUGGAAGGGCUUUUCAAGAGCAGGGAACCUUUACCUUCCAUGGAUGCUAUAUAUUUUAUCCAGCCAUCAAAAGAAAAUGUUGUCAUGUUCUUGUCUGAUGUGUCUGGAAGGGAGCCUUUAUACGAAACGUAUAGCAUUGGUUUUUUCAGUACACGGGUCCCAAAGGAAUUAGUUAAUCACAUAAAGUCUGAUACAAGUGUGUUACCUUGCAUUGGUGCUUUGAGAGAGAUGAAUCUAGAAUACUUUCCUUUAGACAGUCAGGCUUUUGCAACUGACCAUGAAGGAGCACUGCAAGAACUAUAUGGUGAAAAUGCUGAGAACUCUCGCAAAUUUGAUGCUUGCUUGAAAGUGAUGGCGACUCGAAUUGCAACAGUUUUUGCUUCAUUGAAGGAAUUUCCCCAUGUGUGGUACCGUGCUGCCAAGGCACCAGAUACAUCUGCAGUAACAUUUCGUGAUACAGUUCCUACAAAGCUUGCGGCUGCCGUGUGGAACAAUAUUUCAAAGUGUAAGUCCAUUCCUAACUUUCCACAAACUGAGACUUGCAAAUUGCUCAUCCUGGAUAGAUCUGUUGAUCAGAUUUCUCCUGUCAUACAUGAAUGGACUUAUGAUGCCAUGUGCCACGAUUUACUGGAUAUGGAUGGAAAUAAAUAUGUGGUUGAGGUUCCUAGCAAAAUGGGUGGUGAACCUGAGAAAAAGGAAGUGCUUCUAGAAGAUAAUGAUCCAGUCUGGCUUGAGCUUCACCAUGCUCACAUAGCAGAUGUAUGGCAUGUUUUUAUAUUAUUCUGUUGAGAGAAUUGAGUACGAAUGCUGUCAUC